UCUCCCUGGAGGUGCAGGGCAGUGAGAGCCGUGGGACUCAGCACCAUGCUGGCGACGGGCAGUGGCCCCGAGCAGAGGACAAGGCUUGCCCUGCACUGGAGGCAGAUCUCCUGGAUCACCUGCUGGAUCACCCUGUAUGCUGUGGAGGCCCUGCCUCCCUGCCCGUUCUCCUGUAAGUGUGACAGCCGCAUCCUGGAGGUGGACUGCAGUGGCCUAGGACUCACCACGGUGCCCCCAGACUUGCCUGCUGCCACCCGAACCCUGUUGCUCUUGAACAACAAGCUGACUGUCCUGCCGAGCUGGGCUUUUGCCAACCUGUCCAGCCUGCAGCGGCUGGAUUUGUCCAACAACUUCCUGGACCAGCUGCCCAGCUCCAUUUUCAGGGACCUGACGAAUCUGACAGAGCUGCAGCUGCGCAAUAACAGCAUCAGGACCCUGGACAGGGACCUGCUGCAGCACUCGCCACUCCUCCGCCACCUGGACCUGUCCAUCAACGGCCUGGCCCAGCUGCCCCCUGGCCUUUUUGAUGGACUCCCGGCCCUGCGCUCCCUCUCACUUCGAUCCAACCUCUUGCACAACCUGGACCGGCUGACGUUCGAACCCCUGGUGAGCCUGCAGCUGUUGCAGGUGGGGGAAAACCUCUGGGAAUGUGACUGUAACCUGCGUGAGUUCAAGCACUGGAUGGAGUGGUUCUCCUACCGAGGAGGACGCCUGGACCAGCUUGCUUGCACCCUACCCAAGGAACUGAAGGGCAAGGACAUGCGCAACGUCCCCAUGGAGAUGUUCAACUACUGCUCCCAGUUGGAGGACCAGAAUAGCUCUGGGCUGGAUAUUCCUGGGCCGCCCUGCACCAAGGCCAGCCUAGAACCUAUUAAGCCCAAGCCAGGGGCUGAGCCAGAGCCGGAGUCCAGCACAGCCUGCCCCCAGAAGCAGAGGUACCGGCCAGUGAGCGUGCGGCGAGCCAUUGGCACAGUGAUCAUUGCGGGGGUUGUCUGCGGCAUCGUCUGCAUCAUGAUGGUCGUAGCUGCCGCCUAUGGCUGCAUCUAUGCCUCCCUCAUGGCCAAGUACCAUCGGGAGCUCAAGAAGCGCCAGCCCUUGAUGGGGGACCCAGAGGGCGAGCAUGAAGACCAGAAGCAGAUCUCCUCUGUGGCAUGAGAUCCCACCCAAACCUGGCCCAGGUAGGAAGGACAGGGAG